GGGGACUUAUUUGGUCGCGGGACCUGGUCGGGUUUCAGGUCACAGGUGUGGCACAGGGGACCUACAGUGACCAUCUUGCACCACCCUGCAAUCACAAGAAAGGAUUUCAACUGCUCUGACUGGCUGCGUUGACCAACCAUUAUUCGUUUACCUUCAGACCUCCUGGUGGCUCUGUUUCCACUCUGAUCGCUCUUCCUUAAGUGCCUUCUGGGGCUCAGAGGAGUUUCUACUUAAACUUCUGGAAGCUGGACCAAGGAAAUGGACUGUCAACCUCAACCAUUCCUUUGUGAGCACACACUGGAGACAUGCUAAUUUGCUGAACCAGAAUAUGUGGGAUGUUUUAGGACUCAGUGGUCAUUGAGGAUGUGGCUGUGGACUUUACCCAGGAAGAGUGGGCUUUGCUGGAUCUUGCGCAAAGGAAAAUCUACAUAGAUGUGAUGUUGGAAACCCUCAGGAACCUGGCCUCAGUAGUUUCUCCAAGCCUUAGUGAUGGAGACAAUGUAUCCAGUAAACAUCUAGUAGUUCAAUUCAUGAAGAAUAACACCUACAAGUUAGAAGAAAUAUGUGAAUUGCGUGGUAUUGAAGAUCAAUGCAAAAACCAGGGGAAACAUUCAAGCAUGGUGCUUGUUUUCAACAGAGGGCGUACAGAAGGGAACCUCUGUGAGAGUAGUGAAAGCAAUCAAAGUGGAAAAACCUGCAGCCAAAUUGCAGAUCAUACUGUGCUCAAAACAACUCCAGAAAUACAUAGUUCUGAAUGUCAUGAGUCUGGAAAAGCAUCCAUGGAUAAUUCAUUGAUUGAGCAUCAUAACAGAUCUCACAUUGGCAAUAGUACUUAUCAGAAUACGGAAUGUGGAGAAGAUUGCAAUUGUUUUUCUUACCUAAACACUCAUAUGAAAACUGUUAAUGGAGAGAAAUCCUGUGAAUUUAAUGAUUGCGAGGGAGAGAUAUGUAGUUUCUCAUCUCAGACACAUAUGAGAAAUCAUAAGUGUCAAUAUAAAGAAUGUUGGAAAGCCUGUACACAUCCUUUAUCCCUCAUGUUACAUGAAAAUUUCUAUAAUGGAGACAAGCUUUAUGAAAGUAAGGAAUGUGGGAAAGUAUUACCAUAUUCCUCAUCUCCUACAGAACAUGUACAAAUUCACAAUGGAGAGAGGCCUUUUGAAUGUAGUGAGUGUGGAAAAACUUUUCGUUAUUUCUCGUGUCUCACUAGACAUAUAAAAAUUCAUAACGGAGAGAGGCCUUUUGAAUGCAUAGACUGUGGGAAAGCCUUUAGUCAGUCUUCACACCUUACUGACCAUAUGAGAUCUCACAGGGAAGAGAAACCUUAUGAUUGUAAGGAAUGUGAGCAAACCUUUCGGUAUUUCUCAAACCUAACUAGACAUAGUAAAAUUCACAGUGGGGAGAGGCUCCAUGAAUGUAAAGAAUGUGGGAAAGCCUUUAGUUGUUCCUCAAACCUCACUACACAUAUAAGAAUUCACAAUGGAGAGAGGCCUUAUGAAUGUAAGGAAUGUGGGAAAGCUUUUAGUCGUUCCUCAUCCCUCACUAAACAUGUAAGAACUCACAGUGGAGAGAGACCCUAUGAUUGUAAGGUAUGUGGUAAAGCCUUUAGUCAGUUGGCACACCUCACUCUCCAUUUAAGAGUUCACACCGGAGAGAAGCCUUACGAAUGUACUGAAUGUGGACGUGCCUUCAGUCAGUCCUCUCACCUAACUACACACAUAAGAACUCACAGUGGAGAGAGGCCUUAUGAAUGUAAGGAAUGUGGGAAAGCUUUUAGAUGUUCUUCAUCCCUCACUAACCAUUUAAGAAUUCACAGUGGAGAGAGGCCUUAUGAAUGUAAGGAAUGUGGGAAAGCUUUUAGUAAAUUGGCAAAUCUGUCUCUACAUUUAAGAGUUCAUACUGGAGAAAAGCCUUAUGAAUGUUUAGAAUGUGGGAAAGCCUUUAGCCAAUUAGCACACCUCACUGAUCAUAUAAGAACUCACAGUGGAGAGAGGCCUUAUGAAUGUAAAGAAUGUGGGAAAGCCUUUAGUCAUUCCUCAUCCCUCACUAACCAUUUAAGAACUCACAGUGGAGAGAGGGCAUAUGAAUGUAAGGAAUGUGGGAAAGCAUUUAGUCAGUCCUCUUCCCUAACUAAACAUAUAAGAACUCACAGUAGAGGUGUACCUUAUACAUAUAAAGACUGUGGAAAUGUUUUUCAUUAUUCCUCUUCCUUCUGUAGACCUAAUAACACACAGUGGAGGGAGUCUUUGUGAAUGGAAGGAAUAUUGGAAAGUCUUUAGAUGUCUUUCAUCAUUUGUAACAAACACAAUACUGUAUAUGUAAGUAAUGUUGAAUAGCUUACAUCCCUUGUCUUUCCUCAAGCUUGUGAGAAUACAUUAAGUGUAAGGAAUUAAGAAUUUGUUGUUGUUGUUAGCUUUUGUCCUUUGUCUUUUCCCAACCUUGAAAUGAUAUACAUGGCAAAGAAAUCAUAUACGUGUAAGCAGUGUGGAAUUUUUUUCCUCAUACAUGUGAACGAACUAAUACGAAAAAGCCUUACCUAAUUAACUAAAACAAACAUAUCACACUGAAGAUACUUUAUCUAGAGUACCUUGGGACUUGUACAUAGUUUCCAUUCUUGAGCAGCGUAUGAGAUUUUUCACAUUUGUUAUUAAUCUUACAUUAAAGACAAUGAAAGCCUUAGUGUCUGUUCCUCAAGAUUUCUGUAAGAUGUCACACACUGGAGAAACCUGGUGACUGUAAGCAUUGUGAGAAAGCCUUCAGUACAUCACUACCUUGUCCACAUGUGCACAGAAUUCUACUUUUCAUUUCCUGAUAUAAACAUUAAGGUGAUAUCACUCUAAGUAUCCUUUCGAUUUUAAGACAUGAAUUUUGACAAGCUAUCUUUGCAGUUGGGUUUAUUUAUUAAUUUUCUCCCUUUAGAAUGUUUUCUCAACACAGGUAUGUUGAAAUGUGUUCCCUUGUUAUCAACUAUAUUAAGACUUAAUAUUUCAGAGUAUAAAGAAGCAUGUUCUCAUUUCAGAGCAUUUUUUUAACAGAAAAGUGGAGAGGAGAAAUAGGGUGUGAGAAUCAGAGUUUACAUAGAAGACAGGACAUUCUUGGGCCCAAAGUGAUAGAGACCUCACUCGUAACUCUAACCUGACCUAGCUACAAUAUAGCUUCCUACAUAAGCAUAGAAUCUGUGCUCAGUAACAGAGUCUUGGUGUUUGGAAAAUCUGACCGUCUUUAAGAAUAUGUGCUGUUCUAGGAGGUGAGACUGCUGGAGCUUGGCUGAGCAGGAAUAAUGGUUUCUGCUGCACUAUAUAUAUGACCAUCCGCUCAGGACCUGAAGAUGAUGGGAGCACAACUAUUGGUUUUCAAUAGUGAGGAUCAGACAAAGAAUUGUUGGGCUGAAUGUUUCUUCAGCGACAAUUUCUAUACUGACCUGAGAACCGCCUCGCUGACUUCUCAUGUAAGAGACCUGGGAAAUUGUGGAUAGAAUAUAGGUGAAUCAUUCUAAUUAAACUUUCUCUUAAAACAGCAAUUUCCUUUGUAGAAUCAUUUUAUGGAAAUCCCUGGGUACAUGAUGAUGUCUGUUGAUAGUAGCAGUAGGCAGUGGAAAUCCUUAGAUCUGUGUCCACCAGAAAGGGACUUAUUAGACAAAUGCCUGGCUGCAUGUCACAAUAUUGAGCUACCGCUAAAUUUCUUUCCAAAGAAGUAGGAUUACAGGAGAGGUUAUUGUCAUAUAAUGUUUAACAGGCCGAGUAUCAAACUAUAUUACAACAUCAGUUUUUGAAAAAUUUAUUUAUAAAUACAUGGUUUACUUUUUAAAAUUUUGAGAUACAGCCUGUAGAAACAUCCAUCCUAUAACAUUAAUGUUCUAUGAGUGAUUUCUUGUUUGGGCACUCUCUAAUUUUCAGUUAUUUUUAUAGACAUUGCUUAUUGUUCAUAAAAUGUUUUAGCUUUAUUUUUAAAUUUACUUUUGGAAUGUAUGUUUUAUAACUUGAGAAAUGCAUUAAGUGGUGUGAUAAUUUGUACAAUGAAAGAAUAAUACCACAGUUUCCUCCAAAUCCUCCCUUUCGCUACCCCUUUUAAUUACCAUAAACCUUCCUCUGACCAUGAGUAUCCUAGCAACUGUCCCUGUAUUCUGGCUCCUUGUCCUUACUGUUGUGUAUUUGAGAAUCAUACAUGUUGAUGAAUGUACUGAUAAUUCUUUUUUUUUAAUUGGUCUAUAAUAACAUGUUAUAUACACAUGCCACCGUUUGUAUAUUCACCAUUUAGGGAAUAUUUGUAUUUCUAAGGUUUUUUUAAAAAAUAAACUUGAUGUAAAUGUGCACA